UACGGUUUUAAAGUUACAAUAAUCAAAAGAGUAUUACCGUUUCAACCUGAAAAGGCUUGAGGGGUUAGGGUUUCUUCUUCAAGCCUUUGAGGGAUAGCUUCGCGGUAUCUUCGAUGGCGGAGACGACGGAAUUGAGAGUGUACAACACCAUGAUUCAGCAGAAGGAGAUCUUCAAGCCUGUUGUCGAUGGCAAAGUGUCCAUGUACGUCUGCGGUGUCACCGCUUACGACCUCAGUCAUCUUGGCCACGCCCGCGCCGCCGUCUGCUUUGACGUCCUCUACCGGUGCGGGUUUAGCGUAAAAGUAAGAGGUCUAUCUGGUGUGAUGAAAGUGUGUGACAAUUCAGAAUUCUGAAUUUAUCAUCUUUAGAGGAAAAAAAAUUUAGGGUUGGUUUGGCUGCGAAAUCGAGAUAUGUUUGUUGUUCUCGAGAACGGGAAAAUUUUGAGAAUAAUACCCAAAAAAAAAAAAAACCUGUGAAGCUACAAGGUUUUUAAAGCUAUUUUUGAAAGCAGUUGUUCUCGUCUUUCAAUUGAAGACAUUUCUCAAAAAGUAAUUUUGAUUCCGCUGGCAAACAAGCCCUUAUAGACUUCUUGUAAUUGAUGCUUCAAUCUCAGGGUGAUGCGGGAUGAACCCUUGAAGAAGUUUGAUUUUGUCUUUGCAAUAUUACUGAAGGGAUUGUUUUCCAAAUUGCGUCUUUGACAUACUCAUUGGCAUGCCUUAUAACAUGCUUUUUAUCAAACCCGGAGAGUAUAUGCUUUUUAUAACUUCGGUGUAUCUUAAGAAAAAUGACUCAAGUUCUGAUGGAACUCUCUGAUUGAUUUUUUCUAGUUGAAUCAGGUGUAAAGGAUAAUUUGUAGAUUCUAAAUUUUACAACACUUGGGCCAUGAAGUUAUUUGUGUACUAAAUUUUACAGAUGUUGACGACAAGGUUAGAAUUUUGAUCGAAGAUACUAUUUUAUUCUA